GCUUGAUACAAGCACCCAAUCAGUGAUACCGUCGCUGCUGAUAAUCACCACCAUCCUUGGUACCCCGGAGCAAUGCCGGAACUUUCGUGACUGGUCAGAUACCUGUGUUGGAAAUAUGUAGCUCAAAAGUCCGUAUUCGACUUCCACCCUUUUUAUUUAUAUCCAUAUCCCUUUUCAAGAGGAAGUACUGCUACUUUCCACUCAUCCGUUAAAACUCAACGAAUGAAUCCCUAUGCCAAAAUGAAGCAUUCAGACCCGAUCUCGGACGCACAGCCCCCGUUUCCUUCAGCCACAGCUACUAUGAGAAAGAAACACCAUCAACAACCUAAGGCCGGUUUGCCCGAAAAAGGCCACUCUAGCGUCCGGUCGCCGUGGCUACUUUCUGUCCUUGCUGCAGUUCCUCUGUUUGUGGCUCCACUUAUCACAGCAAGCUUUCUCAUCACGAUUUCGCAGUUCGAAGGAUCUCUGUCCAGAUUCGUAACGACCGGUUUUGAACAAGGCUUCCUGACAAUCAUGAAAGCACAUGGUCCACGGCUCAGUCUUAAGCCCACAUUUGCUUAUACGUGUUAUAUUGCCCUGCAGGCUGUGCUAUUCUACCUCCUGCCAGGUCCGACAAACACCGGCCAACGUACGCCAGCCGGAUAUCUUCUCACAUACCGGACGAAUGGGCUGUAUGCAUGGGUGAUUACUCAUUCUAUCUACGCGCUGCUCUGCUGGUACGGUCUUUUGGACCCUGGGUUUGUGAUCAGGAACUGGAGUGGGAUAUUUAUAGCGAUGAACUUGUUCGGAUAUUUGGUUGCGAUUUUUGCGUAUGGAAAGGCGUAUUUGAGACCUAGUCAUCCCGAGGAUCGGAGGUUUAGUGGCUCCGCGCUUCAAGACCUUUACGCCGGCAUCGAGCUCAACCCGAGAUUUGGAAAGACUUUCGACUUUAAGUUCUUCACUAAUGGAAGGAUGGGGAUGAUUUCCUGGACGUUGAUAGAUAUCUCAAGCAUCGCAUACCAACACCAAGCCCACCACACCGUAUCCCCAUCCCUAAUACUCGUCACAAUCCUCCAAUCCAUCUACGCGAUUGACUUCUUCAUCAACGAAUCCUGGUACCUCCGCACCAUCGAUAUCACCCAUGACCACUACGGCUUUUAUUUGAUCUGGGGGUGUUUUUGUUUCCUCCCGGCAAACUACACGCUUCAAGCGCAGUAUCUAACUCACUAUCCGACAUCACCCUCAACCAUCUACCUAGCCGCAAUAUUCAGCAUCGGCAUCGCCGGCUACGCUCUCUUCCGCUCCGUAAACAACCAAAAAGACCGCGUCCGUCGUUCAAACGGAAAAUGCUUGAUCUGGGGAAAACCAGCCCAGUACAUCACAGCAACCUACAAAACCUCAGACGGUGUAGAACAUAAGAGUAUCCUCUUGUGCAGUGGCUGGUGGUCCUGCGCAAGGCACGUCAACUAUGUGGGCGACUUGCUUCUGUCGUUUAGUAUGUGUGCGGUGGUUGGGACGGAUAAGCUGUUGGUGUGGUUGUAUGUGAUCUGGAUGGGGGGGUUGCUUGUUCAUCGUAUUGUAGGUCGGUGCCGUGGAGGCUUGUUCCGGGUGUUUGGUGAGGGGUAUCGUCCUACUGGGAAAAGACUUGACCUGACCACAAUAUAUACAUUCCAUUCUGUACAAUCUAAGAUACCUAUAAACUAUACAAUCUCAGCCCACUAUACAAAAUGAACCUCCCAUCAGAUUAAAACCACUAAUCAGCCGGCGUCUCCGGAUGCUCCCCCAUACUCUCCAACCGACCCCUAGCCUGCUGCUUCCCCACAUCCGUAACAUUCGGAUUAUGCGUCGCCCUGCAAUUCAUAAGCCUUCGCCCCCAAAAAACCAGAACACCAGUUUCAUUUCAAAGAAACAAAAAGGCAGUGGGUACAUACGCCUUUAAUCCCCGCGCAACAUUUCGAUCAUGUCUUGCUUCGUCAUCGCUUAGACCGGCUUCGUCGCCUGGGGCUUCGUUGGAUUGGAUUCGCUUGAGCUCUUCUUCGGCGUGGAGGCGGCCUUCGGAGGAGACGUUGCGGUUGUUGAUGGCGCUGUUGUGGCUCGGUUAAUGGUUGUUGUUUUUUUUUUUUUUUUUUUUUUUUAAGG